AUGAAUAUAAGUACCAGAAUGAUUCUUUUUUUGAAUACCUUGCUUUUGAUUUUUCUGUAUCAUUUCGUUCCAAUGAUGGUAUUGCACAUGAAGAAGGAGCAUGAGAAGAGCAUAAUGAAAACUAAAUUCAACGCGAUGCUUGAGAAUGGAAAUGAAAGUAUUGAGAAGCUGCGGAUGCUUAAGGCGCUGAUAAAUAAUGUGAACUAUUGCAAGCGUACCUAUGUUCCUAUGGACGGAGACAUUGAGGAGGUACGAGAUACAUAUAAUAGGAUGGAUAUUGGAGGAGGUGAAGUGUUCUUAAGGCUGUGCCUGAAGUACAAUCUUUCUAUAUUCUUUCCGGUGUUUUUCCCAAUGCUUGUACAUUGCAUAGGAGUGGUGAAGCACAAACACCAAUAG